AUGGCUGAGGAGGUAUGCCCCGACCAAAAAAAGAAAUUUGAAAAUAUAAGUCUUUCUGCAAGAACGCGUACCCGGCAAACUGAAGAUUUAGGCAAUAAUUUAUGUACAGAAUAUGAAAACACAGAGAAGAGUCAGGAAACUCCUCAAGCAAAAGAUAGCGGACAUUCUCAGACCUCAAGAGAUGAACAGCCUCUCGCGAAUAUAUCUCAUGCGCCGAGAAACCGGAAAAGAUGCAGUUAUACACCAACAGACAAGGCUAUAAAGCAGUUGAAAAUCAUUAGCGAUGAUGCUAAAAAUAACAGCGAAGAUGAAUUUGACUUAUUCUAUACUUAUCAACAUGAGCAAUAUCCUCCGUCCAUUUCUCAGUUCCAAUUGGCACCUAUUCAAACUUAUGAUCAUCAUGAUGUCCAAACACCCAUAAACACUCAACAAAUUGCUUUGAAGGUGUCAGAAAUCAUAGACUAUCUUCAAGAUAUUGAAGGUUGUAGUGAUGAUGAGUUGAAUGACAUUGAAGUUGCCAUAUUGCCUCCGGAUGAAGUAGAUGAAAUGACUGACAUAGAAGAAGGUCCUGAAGACGACAUGGGAGUUUCGUCAGUGUCAGAUGUAGCUGGUCAAGUGGAAUUUUCGUGUACAAUUGAUAACGACGAGGAAAAUCAUCCUACUCAAACCACAUCUCGGACAAGGAAGACAGUCACUUGGCGUAAGUGUGAAGCAGUAUAUUCUGAAAUACAGCCGGAAUCUAAUACUGCUCAAAAAUGUUUAGAAAAUAUGAUUACGGAGUUGGAAUCAGCGGUAGAAAUAUUCGAAAAUUUGCUGUGUAACGAUAUUCUAGAAUAUAUUGUACAGGAAACCGUAACCUACGCCAAACAUUAUAAAAAUGAUUUGAACUUCAAUAUAACUGUAAAUGAGUUAAAAGUCUUUAUAGGAAUUUUGUUUUUCUCUUCGUAUCACCACUUACCUCAGAGUAAACUAUAUUGGUGUAGAGAUGAUGUUGUACACAUCCCAUUUGUUGAGCAAGCAAUGUCUCGUAAUCGUUUUGACAAAAUUAAAUCCUUUUUACAUUUCAAUGACAACUCAAGAAUUGAUAAUACUGACAAAGCUUUCAAAAUUCGUCUAUUUAUCGAUAAAGCUAAUGAAUCAUUCCGAAAGUUUGGGAUAUUUGAAUCCAAUUUAGCUGUUGAUGAAAUGAUCGUCAAAUACUUUGGUCACCAUGGAAUCAAACAAUUUAUUAAAGGUAAACCAGUGAGGUUUGGGUACAAGUUUUGGGCACUGUGUGGAGUCUGCGGAUAUUGUUAUAACUUUUCGCUUUAUACAGGCAAGGAUGCUCAAAUCCCUGCUAGUACUGGCGACGGCUUGGGUUCAGCAGUUGUAAAAAAGUUGCUUGCUGUAUGUACAGAUCCCAGAGCACAUGCAGUCUAUUUCGAUAACUUUUUCUGCAGCAUGCAAUUGUUGAUUGAUUUGAAAUCUCAAGGGUUCAGAGCUACAGGGACAGUCAGAGACAAUAGAACUAAGAAAUGUCCUAUCAUGACCAAACAAGAGAUGAAAAACAAAGACCGAGGUUAUUCCGAUCAUCGUUUUGAUAAAAAUAAUGAAAUAUUAUGCGUGAAAUGGCAUGACAAUAAUGUAGUAUGUCUUUUGACUAAUUUUGAUACUGUUGAACCUUUUGUAAAAACUAAUAGGUACUCAAAGAAAGAAAAGGCCAAAAUAGCCGUGAAUCAGCCAAGGCUUAUUCAUAAUUAUAAUAAAAACAUGGGAGGAGUGGAUAAACAUGAUUGGCUGAUUUCUAAAUAUCCAAUCCGCUUUAGAGGUAAAAAAUGUUAUUGGCCUCUAGUCACCCGUAUUUUAGACAUGUACCUAGUGAAUGCAUGGAUUAUUUACAACCAGGCAAAUAAAGAUGAAAACAUCCCUCUGCUAGAUUUUAGACGAAGGGUUUGUUAUUCUUGGAUUAAAAAAUUGGAAGGCAAGGCAAGUAAACCUACACCAGGUUCUUCAGAAGUUCUUUUACAACCUGUCAGAUUUGAUAAUUUUGGUCACUACAUGACGAAGAGGGACAAACAGAGGCGUUGCCAAGGACAAGGCUGGUUUAACUAA